AUGAACAAUAGAUACCAGCAAAUUCCUUACAUUUCAACUAUUAUGUCACCACCACUCUCCCCAAGAAAAUUUAAAAAUGAAAUUCUUAGCAUUAAAGUGGAAAAUGCAGUAGGUGAUAGUGAAAAACAGGAGAUGAUAUCGACUUCGCCUCAGCCACCACAGCCCAAAGAACAGAAUGAUAGAAAAAUUACUAAACCAAAGAGUAGAUUUCGAAUGUUUGUAUCGGAUGCACCAUCAGCUCUUUUAGAUUUAAUCAAACGUUCAGAAAUUAAGAAACCCGCAAUUAAUACUACCAAUAACGAAUUUAAAAUUAAAAAAAAUAAGGCUAAUCAUCAUCAUAAUAAUCACGUGGAAAUGUAUAGUCACAAGACCAAAACCGGACCUUUACGUUCUCGGCAUCGUAAAAACCCAUGCCCAGUAAAAUCUCCUUCAAAAUCAUCUCCGGGAAUUACUCUUAAAUUAGAUGUUUUUACACCUUUUAAAGAGAACCCAAUGGCACUUUUACACAGUGAUGAUAAUCCUCAUCCAUCAUCUUUAUCUGAUUGUAAUAGUAAUAGCUCACCUCCUUCUCUAACCCCUUCAUCUUCAUCUGAUUUAUCACAACCUUCUAGUCCAAAUUCAGUAGUACAAUUUAGGCAAAAGAAACAACGUAAGAAGCACAACAUCAAUACAAAAAACUCUAAACUUCCAGCGGUAGAACGUAAAAGAAAAAGUAACAGCCUUUCAAGAGUAAUGGCUGAUCGUGGUCUUUUAGAAACAUCUUUUAAUAAUGUUACUUCUGGAGAAAUCAAAUCAAUUCGUCUUCCACCACCACCACCAAUGGAAUGGGAGCAAUUGAUUGAAAACAUUAAUAAUAUGAAUUUAGAUAUGGGAAUUUUAAAUCAUAUUGCACCUAAAAUUACCUGGAAAGGUCAACCACUUUCUAUCUCUCAUUUACCACACUUUAAUGCUUUACACCCUAAAGAAGUAAUAGUUGCAUCAACAUUACGUCUUACACCAGUACAAUAUUUAACCUCCAAAAAUACUUUGGUUUCAGCUGCUCAACGUUACGUUCAACGAUCACUUCCUUUUCGUAAAAGUGAUGCACAAAAAUUACUUAGAAUUGAUGUAAAUAAAGCAAGUAAAUUAUGGGAAUUCUUUCAACAAGUAAAAUGGAUUUAA